AUGUCCUGGCAAUCAUACGUCGAUACCUCCCUUGUUGGUGCUGGUUUUGUUAACGCCCUCAUCCUCGGAACUGAUGGCUCCACCUGGGCCACCUCAAAGGGCUUCGCCUUGAAGGCCGGUGAGGAGAAGACCAUCGUCGCCAACUUCACCUCCCCAGACAAGUUCACCGCCAACGGUAUCAUUGUUGCCGGUGUCAAGUACCUGGCUCUGAAGACCGACACCCGUUCCGUCUACGGAAAGCAGGGAACCGGUGGUAUCGUCCUCGUCAAGACUGGCAAGUGUGUCCUCAUCGCUGUCUACAACGACAAGUUGACCCCAGGUGCUGCUGCCAACAUCGUCGAGAAGCUCGGUGACUACUUGAUCGACGCUGGUUACUAA